AACUGCGAUGGUCUGUUCCGCGAUAGAUUGAUUCUUGGGCUAGUUACGUUUGGUCUUCCGAAGUCGCGCGUCUCGCAAUUGCAUCAUGUCCGGCAAGGUACGGUGGACUCUUUUGUUCGGUUUGGUUAUGUUGCAUUUUCGGUUUUCUCUGACGGAUGAAGUUACGUGCUCGCGAAUCGAUUUCGAUCAGGCUACGGUUACUUACCUUGCGCGGUGUUCAUUUUACCAAGAGUUCGAAUCGAAGCCUUACGCUGAAUCGGCCCAUUUCCAACCGUUUCGGAAGGAUGCCAAGUAUUAUCUCACCAAUCAAUGGGAGGGACUAACGUGCGGUGAAACCGUGGAAAGUUUUAGCUUGAACGAGGAAACUGAACUGAGAAUGAUUUAUAACCUUAUAUUGGAUAGUGGUGCAACCCUGGAGGUACGAGUCGUUGAUCUGGACCGACUGGACAGUGAAAACAAACCGACGGUAGUGAUACGCUGGAAAACCGAGCAAGCAACAUUGGGCUGGGGAUUAUUUCGGGAAAAGAUGGACAAAACAGUUAAAAGAGCUAAGAUUCAAAUCGAAGCUAACAUGAACGCCGGAAGUGAUGUCGCAAUAGAAUAUUUCACCAUAUUCAAUUUUGAAGUGGAAACUGACGAAUGCAAUUCAAUAGAUGAGUUCGCACCAACAACUACCACUUCUACUCCUUUACAAACAAUAACAACUACAACGACGGUGACGACAACAACUACAACACCAGCAACCACAACGACAACAUUAUCCUCGAGCACUUCAACAACAUCCACGGAAGUUCCAACAACUACCACUGAGUUCAGUACACUGGAGACAUCUUCCACGGUCGGAAUGUCAACGGCGUAUACUCAAAGGGAUGAAAGCACGACUACAUCAACGGAAGUCCCCACGACAACGACUACCGUAUCAUCCACGAUAGCAGAAUCAAGCACAACGGAAAUUUUCCCCGAAAUUGAGCCAAAUUCCAACGAAUGGGUUUGGAUUAUGUUGGCUGCACUGUUUGCUUGCUUAUUAUGUAUAGCAACUGCCAGCGCAGCUUACAUCUACGCCAUGAACAAGCACCUUCUAGAUCUGAAUACUAAGUUGAGGGAGCAUCGGUUACGGAGAGAUCAUUCUGGAUUGGAUCUUAGUCUACGGAAAGUUGAAGAAGGCGGCAAACGAAAGAUAAGAGCUGUGUGACGGUGGAUGUCUAAUAAAUCAUUUUGGAAAUUUAA